CAGACCUUCUAAACUCACUUCUAAAGAAUGGCAUGUCAAGCGGGUUUACAAAGGCUGAUAAUGCAGAUGGUGUAAGACACAGAACAAGAACUAACAGUGGUAGUGCUGCAAGUAAUGGCUCUGCACCACAGGACAAAAAUUAUACACAAGAACAAGUAGAUGCAGUCAAAAAGAUAAAAAACUGCAAAGACUAUUAUGAGAUACUUGGUGUAAACCGAGAGGCAUCUGAAGCAGACAUCAAAAAGCAGUACAGAAAACUUGCCCUACAGUUUCAUCCAGACAAAAACAGAGCACCCGGAGCAACAGAGGCAUUCAAAGGUAAUCAUGGAACGGUAGAUAUUUUAAAGAGGGUUCCAUCUUGUACAUGGUUAUGA